AUGGAGAAUAUGAAUCGCUCUAUGACUUCCACCGCGCAAUUGGUAUCCCUAAGAAGCAUCCAUAUGGCGAUCUUAAGAAAGCAAUCGAUCCGGUUCCUGUGUUUGGUUUCAAUUCUGGAAGAUAUGAUAUUAACCUGA